GACCCCCUGGAGCACGCCUGGAUGCUGUCGGCCGCCGACGGCCAUUGGGCUGGCCUGGAGGCGCUGCUCACCUGCGACCCUGGCCUGCUGGCCAAGCGCGACUUCAUCACUGGCUUCACCUGCCUGCAUUGGGCCGCCAAGCACGGGCGGCAGGAGUUGCUGGCCACACUGGUCAACUUCGCCGGCAAGCACCAGCUACCGGUGAAUAUCAACGCCCGCACGAGCGGAGGCUACACCGCCCUUCAUCUCGCCGCCAUGCACGGGCACGUGGAAGUAGUGAAACUGCUGGUGGGGGCCUACGACGCCGACGUGGACAUCAGGGACUACAGCGGGAGGAAGGCCUCCCAGUACUUGAGUGUAAGCGUCGCGGAGGAAAUCAAGAGCCUGGUUGGCGCCCUGGACGAAGAAGAGGAGGUGGAGAGCGCGGCCGGCAGCGGGGGCGGGCGCUGGAGGCUGUCCAAGGUGCUCCCCGCUCACCUCAUCACCUACAGACUCUCGCACGUUCUGGAGGAUGGGGACCACCACCAUCACCACCACUUGGCUGAAGGGUGGUCUGGAGGCAAAGCCAAGGAUCGCAAAGCCUCGGGAAGCUCUAGUGGGAGGAUAAAACCCAAACUCAAUAAGAUCCGCUUCAAAACCCAGGUCAUCCACACCACGCUGUCUUCCCGGGACCCUGAGCAGCAGCUAGAGGAAGAGGAGGAGGAGCGGUCCUUUAGAGGGCACUCGUCCUUCAAGUUGAGACCCAAGUCCAAUGUGUUUGGGUAAAAACAGCUUCUUUCCAAAAUGCUAAGGUUUGUCUGUCUUCAGGAUACUAGGUGUGGGUAAGGAAGAGAGACCAAAAAAGACAGGCAGAAUUACCUGUUCUUACUUGAGGGACUGGGGAGUUGGGAGAUAGCCCCUUCAGGCCAGUGUUGUAAGGGAAGUGGAUUUCUUUUUGUACUUUGUGUGUGUGUGUGCGCGCGCUGGGGAUCGAACACAGGACCUUGUGCUUGACAGGCAGGCACGGUGUCACUGAGCUAAAUCCCCAGUCCAAAGUGGAUUUCUUUUUAAGUGAUUCAUCAAACACUGAUCUGUGCCUCUUCCCCACACCACCCCUCUGACCUGAAGGACUAGAAAUGUACUAAAUGGCGGGGGGGCAGAAUUGAUGAUUGAGAGUUCCUUUGCUUUAACCACUACUGGAUCCGUCCAAAGGAAGGAAUAGUGCACUUUUAUGUAUCUAUUUUUCUAAGUAGCUACUUUUCAACAGCAACAAAACAUGCAAAUUGUAAGAAAACUGGUAGCAUUUGUAAGUGUGAACAAAACUACAUGCUACCUUGUUUUUUACUAAUUUGCUUUUAAGGUACUACUGAGGGUCAUGACAGAUGAGUUUCAAAAAUACUAAUUAGAAAAUAAUGGGUAUCCUGUUGAUAUCUUAUUUGUAUUAUAAAUAGCAGUUUGGUUAUUUUUUUAAAGCAGUUUCACUUUUAAAUUAAUCACUAAAGAAAUAGGCAACAUUUACUUUUCCGUUAAUCUGUACUCUGGUUUCCACCAGUUUGUUCAACACUGCACUGUUACAGGCCAUUAUUAACUACCCAAACAUUUAUAUAGAAGAACACAUAGCAGCCUAUGGUACUUUUAAAUAAAACAUUGCCUCUUGUUCUGAUUGUCAUUAACUUGUUUUUCCAUAUUAAAAAUCUAAAUUUGCUAGGAUUUUUAUGCUGGGACUCACAUAACCUUUGAUUCUAUUUGGCACAACAUUAUGGUGCUUAGAAAAAAUUCACAGAAACUGUAAGGUUAGGAUUAAAUUUGCAAAAGAUGGCAUGUUAGUGAACCUAUGCUAUGAAGUAAUUAUUAAGUCAGUGAUUCUUCUGUAAGAGAUUUUUAUUUCAUUAAUACAUUCAUAGUUUUAUGCUUUGUAGCAACAUUUUGUAAAUGUUUAAAAUGCUAAACCUUCCAUUUUCUCUAUGUUUCUUUGUAUCUACUCAAAGAUCUAUGGUGUAGUUAUUGAAAAGCUGAGUGGUAAAUUUGUCUGGUUAAAAAUGGCACUUUAUGAAAGGAAAAGAGAAGAAAUGGAACUAUUUCUGUAUCUAAAUGCUGCUAGCUAUUCACUUCAUUUGUUUGUAAGUGAAAAAUACUACUCAUUAAAAAUAAAGACUAGGGCUGGGGAUUUAGCUCAGUGGUUCCGGCAACUGCCUCACAAGGGCUGGAGUUCGAUCCCUGGUACCAAAAAAAAAAAAAGUAAAGAUGCUUUAAAGAGUGGUUCUUAAUUACAUUUAAUUCUUCAUUUGUGUUAGAGUAAAUGGCUUUAUAAUUAAAAUUUGACUCACAGGUAUAUUAAGCUAAGAUACACUUACAGAGGGUUAAUUUGACAGUGUCUUUUUCUCAAAUCUUUUUGGUCUCCUGAGUGCUAACACUGAAGUUGCUAGUACAGGCUGCAAGAGAGGAGUGAGUCAUAGAGUGCAUGAACUUGCACAGGGAGGAUAGAGAGCUGCAGCAUUUAGAGUUCUUAGAUCUUUAAUUUUCCAAGUCAUAGAAAUUUGUAUCAAGCUUGUCAUAUCACUGACUAGAUGGCAGUUGAAUUUGCUUAAAAAGGGGUGACAAAAUUCACAAAA